AUGGUGCCUCUUGAUGACCCCCUUAAGAACUUCACGGUGGCGUUGCACUUCGCCUGCCUGCAGAACGAUGCCGACCAAGUCACACAGCUGAUGCGCAUGGGUGCCAGGCGAGAUGCUCUUAGCGAGAGCGGAGCGAGUGCACUGGAAGUGGCAGAUCAGCUUAACCGCGUGGAGGUCGUCAAGCGCCUCAUGGCCGACGUUGACGUCGAGAAAAUGGGCCUGCUCGAGCUGCUCUAUGCCAUCCGUCGUGGCCAGUCCACCGUGGUGCACGCAUUGAUGGAGAUGGGCGUCAAAGAGCAGCUGCAGGAUAUCGUGGUAUUCCGCGGGGUAUUCCUGAUGGCUUGUGCCUUUAGCAACACCCUCGUGGUGAACGCGCUUAUUAGACACGGUCGCCCGCUCAACGUGGCCGCCUUUGAGGAAAUCCUCGUCUACAUUGCGCGCCUCGCGAACAACCAUGCAAUCGCCGAGUUGAUCCGCGAGAUAAGCGGCGAACAACGCCGUCGGUUUUUCAGAACCACCAUGGUCAGUCACUCACCCUCUUUCUAG